GCAGGAAGUGAAGUGAAGAUGGCGGCCUCGGCAACGUUGCUAACCGAGUCUGCGCUUGGAUGGUCUAUUUUCACCGUUGUGUUGGUGGUUAUUUUAGCCUUCUGCUGGGUGUAUAUUCGGAAGUACCAGAGUCGGCAAGAGAGCGAAGUCAUCUCCACCAUUACGGCGAUAUGCGCUCUGGCUGUUGCCCUGAUCACAUCUGCUCUCCUCCCGGUGGAUAUCUUCCUAGUGUCCUUCAUGAAGUACCCGAACGGCACUUACAAGGACUGGGCGGCCAUCAAUGAAACGAGGAAGCAAAUCGAAGACACGGUCCUCUAUGGCUACUACAAUAUUGCUUCCUUGCAUCCGUCAGACAAGACAUGCGCAAUUUCGAAGUAUUGCAUAUUAUCACUCUCAACCUCCAUCUCCAGGUCUUGUGAAUGGAUGUGCAGCCUAAUCCUCCGUUAUCAAUCUAAUGCUUUAUACUCCAUCGUCCUCUUCUGCGUCUUCUUCUGGAUUCCAUUUGUUUACUUCUACUACGAGGAGAAGGACGAAGAUAACGUCAGCAAAUGCUCGCAAGUGAAAAAUGCCUUGAAGUACACAAUCGGAUUUGUCAUCGUCUGCGCUGCGCUGCUUUUAAUCGGGACGUUUGUCCCGCUGCCGCCUCCGUCCAGGCAGAACUCCACCCAGUGGGAGAAGGUGCAGUACCUGUUCAAGGAGCUCGGCAGCAGAGAUGGCGUGGCUGCACUCUCGUUCUCCAUCAGUUCCCUGACCUUGAUUGGCAUGCUGGCAGUAAUCACAUACACGGCCUACGGGAUGUCUGCACUCCCCCUGACGCUGAUCAAGGGCGUGCGCAGCGUCCGUUACGAGCGCCUCGAGAACACCGAGGACACGGAGCAGGUCGAGCAACGGAUCGGCAAGCUCAAGGCCAAGUGCGGGGAUGGGAGGCCCCUCUCCAUGAGGGACCGCAGGACCCUGCAGGACCUGGAGACGAGGCUCCAGACGCUGCGACGGCAGGCCCGUCACCUGGAGGUGGCCGAGAGGGACUGCUGCACCAAGGUGGGCGGCGCCCUCCGCCCGCUGAAGAUUCUGCUGGGAGUUUUCUUCUUCCUGGUGGCUCUCCUGUUCGUCGCGGCCCUGUUCAUUUCCAAUCUGGACAAAGCCUUGCACUCAGCCGGGAUCAACACUGGCUUCGUUAUCUUCGGAACCAAUCUGACGAACCCCCUCAACGAGCUGCUGCUGGCGCUUCAGCCGGUGUUUCCCCUGGACUACGUGCUGAUCACCGUCAUCACUGUGUACUUCGUCUUCACGUCCAUGGCGGGCAUCCGAAACAUGGGCAUCUGGUUCUUCUGGAUGAGGCUGUAUAAGAUCAGGCCCGAGAGAACCCGCCCACAGGCCCUGCUCUUCCUCUGCAUGAUCCUGCUCCUCAUCGUCCUUCACACCAGCUACAUGAUCUACAGCCUGGCCCCGCAGUAUGUCAUGUACGGCAGCCAGAAGUACCAACUGCAAACCCCACAGACCACAGCUGUCACCACCAAGAUAUGUGACGCGGACGCUCCUGAAGACCAGUGCACGAUAACCAGAACGUACCUCUUCCUUCACAAGUUUUGGUUCUUCAGCACUGUCUACUACUUUGGCAACUGGGCUUUUCUUGCAGUUUUCACCAUUGGUUUGAUGGUGUCAUGCUGCAAAGGGAAGAAGUCGGUGAUCGAGGGUGAAGUGGCAGCUGAUGAUUCUGAUUUUAGCGACGAUGAGUACGUGCACUGAUUAGUGGGGGGGUGGGGUGGGGGGCGGAGCUAAAACUCAUUCAUUUACAUGCAAUGUCUUUACAUUACACACCGUGUCUUCUGUCUAUUAUAAUAGUACAAAAAAUGCUCUAGAAAAGUUUAACAUUUGCAUUAUAAGGUGCAUGUGGUUUGUUUGUUUGUUUGUUUGUUUGUUUGUUUGGUUUGGGGUGGGCUAUUGUUAUUAGGCCUGAAUCAUGUCCUGCAUGGUUCCAACAGAGCAUGCAAAUGGAAAGCUCAAUGUAGUGCAGAGACUGGUAGCUUUGAACCAACCUUUGCUACUUAGAAAUCUGACAGCCAAAAGGCAUUUAAAAAAAACAAAAACAAAGAACCAGAAAAAUGAGCAUGCUGUGUCACACAGUGAUUUCAUGACGGUGUGAAUGCUAACGAUUGUUUGGUCCAAGAUGACUAACAGUUAAGUCACUUUUCUUUCCUACUUGCAUGCAUGAUGCAGUAUAAAUAAUUUGAACUGAUUAAUAAAAUCCAAUUAUUUUUGUAAGGCCAGAUGGGCACAUGAAGCAAUGCCACAUCUUAGAGGAGCUAGCUUUCUCUGACCCUGGAAUACAAGCAAAUGCUGUGUGAGGUCAAGCAGAUGUCCGCUUUCUUAUUCCCGAAUAAUGACUCUAAGCAGAGUGGAACCUUUCUUUUGCUGAUUUUUCUGAAGUUUGCAUUUAUCAUUUUAGUCUGAAGUUUGCGUUGUUCCAUUAUUCUCAUGUAAUAGGCAAACUAACUAAUGCUUCUCUAAGUUGCUGUUGGCUUAAUCAGUGAAACCGAAAUGCAACAUACUGUUGAUCUUCUGAUCUUCUGGUGAUUUCAUGCUUGGAGAUUAUUUUUUGGCUUCACAGUUUAUUACACUGGUCACUUUGGGGUUGUUAUAUGCCGUUACCAUGUAAAGGUACGUGAGAAUAACAGUAUUUUGCCGUUGAGAAAUGUUCUGAAUAUCUGUAACUGGAAGCCUUUUUGAAGCAUCAUCAAAUAAAGAGCAAAAGAAACA